UUUCCCCCCAUUCGCAACAACAUAUAUGAACAGCGACGCCUUCUUUCGCAGCCAUUCUUCUCCUCCGCCGGUUUCCGAAAUAGAGAGAAAAGAAAGAUGAUGAGUUUAUCCGCUUUCCCUCCUUCUUCUUCCUCCGCAUUCCUCUCCAACAACCUACCGCCAGCCGCCGUCGCCCUCCCUUCUCCGGCGUCCUUUUCUUGCCUCAGCUCCCUCCUGCCGCCGCGCUUUGCCUUCUCCACUCCGUCAUUCGUCCUGAAAUCGGCUCCACCGCGGAGUCCCGUUUCCCGCCGCCAGUCGCUGCUCCUCUCUUCACUCAACGGCAGCGCGAUGGCGGAGCUCGUUAGCAGCAGCAGCGGCAGCCGAGUAGUCGCCGCCGAGAAGCGCGGCCGUGGGGCGAGCAGUUCCAGUACCUUCCUCGAUGCAAGAAACGAAGAAGAAUUCACCGCUAAGCUUGCUUUCUGGUUGAGCACAUAAGCACUGAGAAACGACUAAGAGAAUCGUUUACAUAUUGCUGGAGCUCUUUCCAUAUCGAGCAACUUUCUUUGACGAUCUUGGAACUGAAUUGCGUGCAUCUUACUCCUGUUCUCAAGUCUAGUAGAAUCGAUUGACGGAGGUGAAUUACGAUAUCUUGUCUGGAAUCAGGAAGGAAGCAGAAGCUGGAAGGCUGUCAUCUACUGUCGCAGAAGGAAUGGAAGAACUGUAUCAGAAUUACAAAACAGCAGUUCUUCAAAGUGGACAUCCAAAAGCAAGUGAGAUUGUAUUGUCCAACAUGUCUCUUGUAUUGGAUCGAGUUUUCGUUGAUGUGGAGGAUCCUUUUGUCUUCCCCCCUCAUCACAAAGCACUAAGGGAACCAUUUGACUACUAUGAAUUUGGUCAAAAUUACAUCCGUCCUUUAAUAGAUUUCAGAAACUCAUAUGUUGGGAACAUAGGCAUUUUUAAGGACAUGGAACACAAGCUUAAGCAGGGGCACAACAUUAUCUUGAUAUCAAAUCACCAAACUGAAGCAGACCCAGCAGUCAUUGCAUUGCUCCUUGAAAGAACAAACCCUCACAUUGCUGAGAACUUGAUUUACGUGGCAGGGGAUAGGGUUAUAACAGAUCCUCUUUGCAAACCCUUCAGCAUGGGAAGGAAUCUCAUUUGUGUGUACUCAAAAAAGCACAUGUUUGAUGUCCCUGAACUUGCUGAGAUGAAGCAAAAGGCAAAUAUAAGAAGUUUGAAGGAGAUGGCACUGCUUCUGAGGAAUGGGUCACAGAUAAUAUGGAUUGCACCAAGUGGUGGUAGAGAUCGUCCUGAUCCUGUCACUGGAGAAUGGCAUCCCGCACCAUUUGAUAAAUCUUCAGUCGACAAUAUGAGAAGGCUUGCUGAAAAUACUGGUGCUCCAGCACACAUCUAUCCUCUGGCACUAUUAUGCCAUGACAUUAUGCCGCCUCCUGCCAAGGUGGAGAAAGAAAUCGGGGAGAAGAGGGUGAUUUCCUUUUCUGGAACAGGGCUAUCCGUUGGGGCAGAAGCGAACUUCGAUGAAAUUGCUGGUGCUUAUGAAAAUCCUGAACAGGCCAAGGAGGCAUACACAAAGGCCCUGUAUGAGUCUGUCACAGAUCAGUACAACGUGCUUAAAUCUGCCAUACACGGGAAGCAAAGAGCUGAUACAUCAUCUCAAGCAGUCUCGAUCUCACAGCCAUGGACAAAUAUUUCUGUGACGUAAUUCCGUGGAACCAAGGCUCGAGAAUCCAAAACUCCUUACAAAUUUUUGUGGUGCUGAAAAUCUUUGUGUAAAGAAAGUGUCUCAAAGUCAAGCACCGGAUUCUUCUCUGGCGAUCCAAUUUUUUCGGAGCGAGAUCAGGAAUUGGAAUCCAGACGCUUCAGUUAGUGUACAGGAGAUCAACAGUUAACAGUACUACCACCUAUGAUCCUAUCUCUCCUCACCAGGAAAGCCUGCAUGUAAAUGUCUUCAAACCUUGCUACGUUCGAUGUUAAAAGGAAACGAUACCAUGAGAUUUUUUGUCAGCAACUUGUUCUGCUUCGCUUUUCCGGUCGUAAUCGUCAGUCUGCUUAAGAAGGUGGUUGUGUUCAACUUAGACAUUGAAAGAACGUAUGGUCAUGUUAACUGGGAAUUUUGCCUCAAAUCUUUUCUUGGGAACACAUGAAUGUCCCUUUGAAAUGCAUUGCUCCGGCCACCCCUUUCAUACAUUGAUUUACAGAACAACAAAUAAACCAACUACGCAUCAAUCCAACCAACCAGCCAAACCCUCUUGACAAAAGUCUGGCCACUCCCAAACUCAAUGAAGAAAACCAGAAGACCACGACAGAUAACAAUUUCACUUACAGGAGAGGAAGUAGAGAGCACAGGCAGCUUCCAAGAACAUGACUACAGUUCAGUACCACAGUGAGUAAAAGAGAGAACACUUCUCGCCGUAAAGGAUUGAAGACUGAUCAUAACUGGCACCGGGCCAAAGCCUCUGAAAAGAGUUAACACUUCUCCUAUUUUUCCUGCAUCCCAUGCUUCUUGAUCUCCAAAAGACCAUCAUGAGUUUACAAUGACUGGCAGUCUUUAGAGGAAUUCAGAAGGAGAACUGGAAUCAGGCUUCCCAUUGUCACCCAACCCUCCAGGGUGCUGCAAAUUCUGCAAGACCUGAGAGGGCAAUCCCCCCAAACCACCACCCAACCCAUCCGCAGCUGACCCGUAAAACUGACAAACAAGCCGAGCCAUCACUCCCAGAAUCUGCAUCUGGUUGUGGCAUGCCUCGGCAUGAACCUGCAUAAUCGUCUUCUCGUGUUCGAUCUGCAGCCUCAAAACCCUCUCCCUCCACUCCAUCUCUUCCUCUUCCCUCUUCUCCUCCAUUGCCCUCAUCUGUCUCCUCUUCUCUUCCAGAUCUCUCUCCACCCUCAACCUCCUCUCAAAUUCCUUCCUGCCCCAACCCAGCUCCCUCUCUUCCAGCUCCAUUUCCCACUUCUCUAGCUUCUCUUCCUUCUCCUCCUGCCAAUCCCCCCUCCUGAACUCAAAUUUCCUCCUCCUUUCUUCACAUUCGAAUGCACCGUUUUCGUGAUCAAACUCCCUUUCCCUCCUCUUCUCCUCUCUCCUCACCACAACAUCUCUCAAAUCUACCACUUGUGCUCCUAGCAAUCCCAAUCUCUUGCUAACCCCCUUCAACUUCCCUUUCCUGUCGCCGCCAUGGCCGCAAUUAGUAACCUUCUCUCCUCUCACAAAUUCAACAUCUUGAUCCUCCCCAACUCCACCAGCACCAUUACAAUCAUCCCCAGGAUUCCCUUGUUUCAAAUUCUGGUCGUCAUCAUCAUCAUCACAACUAUCCCCUUCUUUCAAUUCCCCAUCUUCCUCCUCCUCCUCCUCUUCUUCGUCAUCCUCCAAAUCCUCACUAUCAAUCCCUAACCCUAAAUCCCCACAAUCCCUAAACAAAUCACUGCUACAGCUGUCGCUCAAGAACUUCUUACCUUUAACUUCCAGCUCCACGUCCCCGAAGACUUCCUUGUACUUGAGGAAGUUCUCCCAGUGAUUCUCGCCGUCCUUCCAGUUGAACUCGUCGCUGGAGAUUCGAAUCUUCUGCUUCACGCCCAGGUACUGGUGCCGCAUGUUCUGGACUUUGAUGGAGACGUCCCGCCAGGACCACUUAAAGGGGAAGGCGGCGGGGUCGUGGAGAUGGUGGACGGCGUUGACGUGGUCGGCGAUUGGUCGAAACUUCUUCUCGCGGGUUUUGAGCUUGGAGAGACUGCCCGAAGCGAGGAGAUCGUUGUACUUGGUCAGCAGCGUCUGCUCUUCCAGUUCCGACCAUUUCUUCCUCUUCAUUUCACGGGAAGGGCUAGAUGAGUUGUGGGUAGAUCUUUGGCAGACUGGAGCCGCUAAUCAACAAUCCGCCGGCAAGGACUCUGCGGGAAGACUGAUUAAGCUAACUGGGAACUGUUCAGGCAGACUCGGAUUUAUGCAGAAGGGAAAGGGAAGUAUGGUAAAUGUUAGUUGGGGAGUGCGCGGUCGUUACUUUGGAACACAUGAGAAGCGGCGGUGUUGGAGAU